ACACAAGUCAAUGUAAUAUGUUUUAUAAAGAAAUUAGUGUCUUUAGCGAGUUAAAAACUACAAAUAUACAUUAAAAAAAGAAAAAUGAAAAAAGUGAUUUUAUUUGUAAUUCUCGUCAGCUCUUUUCAAGCUUCGUUAACUAAAGAAAGUGACAGAAAUGGUAUUCUAUUGAAAUUAGAAACGAUACAAGACGAGAUAAAAAAUGCAAUAACUGAUUUAAAAUCAUUCGAGAUAAUUGAAUUUGAAAAAAUCUAUCAAUUAUUUGGACAACAUGAUUUGAAUUUGACGAGAAGUUUUCGAAAUAUCAAAAAAAUGAUUUACUCCGAAAUUAAAAUCGAAUAUAAAAAAUUGAAUGCAGUGAAUGAAAAUUCAACUGAUUGUUAUAAAAUUGCUCAACGCAAUAUGAACGAUAUUUAUGAAAAUAAAACCGAAUUGCUGGGAAUGUGUGAAUUCAAAUCAUUUUUCCUUAAUUUCAGUCCAAUUAUGACUCAUGUCAAUUUUACAUUACAGGUGUGUGAAAAUUUAUUAAUGAGAUUCGAUUCAAUGCAAGAAGAACGUAUUGUAGUUAUUAAAGAUUCAUCACUAGAAAUGGCGUAUUUGAAGAGCAGUUUAUCUGGAAUUGAAAUUUUAGCAAAUAAUUGCAGAAAUCUUAUUCGAGAUGUGAAGAAAAUGGUUCUUGAUUUAUCGGAAAAAGCUGUUUUCAAUAUUCAAAAUUGUGCUGAAUCCUUGGAGAAAUCAUUACUCGACGAAUCAAAAAGAAUAAAGGAAGAUUUUCAAUUUUGUAUAAAAAAAUAAUUAGAAAAUUUAUCAAAAAAUGAAAAUACUGUUUGAAAAAUAAUAAAUUAUUAUAAUAAAAUAAUUAAUAUAAUAAAUAAUUAAUUAUAAUAAAAUAAGAAAUUAUUAAACAUACAUUAACAUAAAUUUUUUAUUUUUCAAAAAUAUGAAUUUAAAUUGUAUACUUUCAAUAUAUAUUCAUGGGAAUAGAACUAUGAAGCACGUGUAUCAAAUUUAUGAAAAUAAAUGAUAAUUACAAUCAA